CGGUGGGGGGCGUCGCGCGCUCAGAGCACGGACUUGGGGGUUGCGCCACGGACAGGCAGCGGGGCCCGCCUGCUGGACCCCGAGGAAACCCGCGGCCUAGGCGAAAUCGCCGGGAGGGCCGCGGGGCAGCGGCGGGAGGGGGCGCUGCGGGACCCGGCAGGCGCCGCGCGGAGGAAGUGCCGUCUUGGCCGCUCAGUCGCACUGCCAGAGCUGCCGAGCGUCGCGCGGGCCGCGAUGUCCUCCCGGCCCGGGCGCGAUGACGCGGGGGCCGGGGGAGCGCGGCGGCCGCGGGAGCCGCCAGAGCAGGAACUUCAGCGACGCCGCGAGCAGAAGCGGCGGCGGCAUGACGCGCAGCAGCUGCAGCAGCUCAAACACCUGGAGUCCUUGUGAGUCCCCGACGCGCCCGCGCCCUCCCCGAGCCGGGGCGCUCGACCUUCGGGAAGGAGUCGGGGGCUGGGUCCGUUUCCCCGUACGGUCCCGGGUCCCUUCAGCGCUGUGUCGUUAUGAAAAGCCUCCUCCUGGGCUUAUCAAGGAAGAUGAGACUAAGCCAGAAGACUGUAUACCAGAUGUACCAGGCAACGAACAUGCCAGGGAAUUUCUGGCUCAUGCACCAACUAAAGGACUUUGGAUGCCAUUGGGGAAAGAAGUCAAAGUUAUGCAGUGUUGGCGUUGUAAACGGUAUGGUCACCGAACAGGCGACAAAGAAUGCCCUUUCUUUAUCAAAGGCAACCAAAAGUUAGAGCAGUUCAGAGUAGCACAUGAAGAUCCCAUGUAUGACAUCAUACGAGAGAACAGAAGACAUGAAAAGGAUGUAAGGAUACAGCAAUUAAAACAGUUACUGGAGGAUUCCAGCUCAGAUGAAGAUGACAGCAGUUCCAGUUCCUCAGAAUACAAAGAGAAACACAAGAAAAAGAAGAAAAAAGAGAAGCACAAGAAGAGGAAGAAAGAAAAGAAAAAGAAGAAGAAACGAAAGCAUAAAUCUUCCAAGUCCAAUGAGAGUUCAGAUUCAGACUGACAAGGACUUGACUUGUUCAACAUUCUCUUCUCAAACAUCAAACACUGUGGCCAAAGAACAGAAUCAGAGAGGGAUGGGAGAGAGAGAAACCAAGAGAGAGGAAUAUUGAACAUCACGGCUGUGAAUUCACACCUACCUUCCAGUAAGGAUGCAACCCACUGGAGAGCGAGUUAUCUUUUCCUGGGUGCUCAGGUGGUAGCUCUGAACAGUGGCUGAUUUCAGUCAGGAAAGCUUAUUCUGUGUCCUCCUCCCAACUGGUCCCUGCCGUUGGUUUUUUUCCUUUUGAAAUGCCUCCUCCUGGUGGCAGGACUAAGGGAAUCUCUGAAGAAGCUCUUCUGUGGCUUUCCCUCUCCAUGGUGGGACUACUUAAUUCCCCUCCAUUUUAGGCUGCAGCUUUAUUGUAGAGGAUAAUAAAAGCUGAUCAUUUUAUUUA